AAAAAUCAACCAUGGGAAAGAAGAAACAAGAGAUGUCUCAAGUAUACAACUCCAACAACGAGUUCAUCUUUGGUGAAAAAGGCGGCAAAGGAAAGAACCUCUCCACUUUCCUCAAAAACCUCUCCUUAACCACUUCUCCCAGUCAACCCCAGUCAGAAUUCAACGAAGCAAAUUCCAACAUAUACGGAUCCUUGUCAUACUCAAAUCCUAAUACCAAUGAAAUCAGCCGGUCUAAUCCCUCAUUGGCCAGAAGGGCUUCGCCCAAACGGUCGCUCUCAGGGCCCACCAACAUGUCGUUUGCCCAUUCGCUCACUCCCACCGCUUCUGAAGCUUUGCGAACCAACUCGCCCACUCGCACCAAACGUGUUGUUAGUGCCAAGUACGCUGAUCUCGACGACGACUGGGACGCAAACUUCGACGACGCUCGUGUAGACACCGACAUGCCCAGUGUUCGCAGAGAAGGCUUUGGCAACACUUUUCUAGAUCCCAGUCCCAUGUUGGACUCACUUUAUCCUGAUCUCACAAUUCCUGCGGGCACAAAAGAACCGGUGAAAGACUCAAUUGACCUCGAGGACAUGAAAAUCAAGUUGGAAAUCAACAAGUUGAACCAGCUCAACACCAAGUUCCUCAAGUUCAAGGCCCUUUUAACCCAAUCAUCCAAUAUAAACCUCCAGGAGCUUCGUAAACUCUCCUGGAAUGGAAUUCCUUCCAACUUACGGGCCAUAAGUUGGCAGAUUUUAUUGGGUUACUUGCCGACAAACAAAUCAAGACAAUCUGCUACCCUCAAAAUCAAGCGUCAGGAAUACUUGGAUGGCAUCAACUCAUCGUCGCUAAACUUGAACCGAGACAAGCAGAUCUACCACCAAAUUAAAAUCGACGUCAAGAGAACAAACCCCACUGUCAAGCUAUACGGUCACCCAGAAGUGCAGAAAUCCUUGAGAAAAAUCCUCUACUUCUGGGCCAUCCGUCAUCCAGCCUCCGGUUACGUCCAAGGUAUAAACGACUUGGUGACACCGUUCUUCCAGAUCUUCCUCACCAACUACAUUUGGCAAUUACAGCCUCUCUUGAACGACCCCCAGCUUUUCAACUAUAAUCUUCAUAAUCUCGACCCCACGCAAAUCAGUUCUCGAGUCUUAUCCAUCAUCGAGGCUGAUACCUACUGGUGUUUAUCUCGACUUUUGGAAACCAUCACCGACAAUUACAUCCACCAACAACCCGGUAUUCUCAAGCAAGUAUCGGAUUUGAAAAACCUUAUCAGCAAAAUCGAUAUCGACCUCAUCCAUCACUUUGAGCAGGAGAAUAUCGAGUUCCUCCAAUUUGCAUUUCGGUGGAUGAAUUGUCUUUUGAUGCGAGAGCUCUCGAUCGACUUGAUCAUUCGGAUGUGGGAUACUUAUCUAAGUGAAUCGCCGUUGGGAUUCAGUAACUUCCAUAUCUACGUGUGUGCGGCGUUCCUCAUCAAGUUCAGCAGCGAUUUAAAACAGAAGGAUUUCCAGGAAAUCAUUCUCUUUUUACAAAACCCACCUACCUCACACUGGACAGACAAGGAUAUAGAGUUGAUGUUGAGUGAAGCUUUUAUAUGGCUGAGCUUAUACAAAAACGCAUCUGCUCAUUUAAGAUGAUGAGAUACCAAAACGGAGUUUCUCCAGAGUCUCAUCUCGCGGCAAUUGACUUCUGUUAAUUAAAUACAGGGCCCUUUUAUAGAUCCUAAUUUAUCCACUCGUAACACACUUAUUAGCUCAACCUAAUUCCUCCCAGCCAUGUCUGAUGUUCCAGUUCAACCCCAACCUAAAAAACCGGCUGGUAGAACCAUCUUGGCCUCUACCAUCGCCAAAAUCUAUACCAGUGAAAUAGCUGACAAGGUCAAAUCCUUGGGAUAUGCCCCCAAAAUCGUGGGGCUUUUGGCCAAUGGCGACCCGGCCGCAUUGAUGUAUGCCAACUGGACUAGCAAAACCUGUAAUGAGUUGGGCUUCGACUACGAGUUGGUUCACUGUGAUAAACAACAAUUGGAAAACAAGUUGAUCAAGGCCAACCAAGAUAACUCCAUCAAUGGGAUCAUGGUAUAUUUCCCGGUGUUUGGAGACAACCAGGAUCAGUACCUUCAGCAACUCAUCAGUCCAGAGAAGGACGUGGAAGGGUUGAACUACUUGUACUAUAAGAAUUUGUAUCAUAAUAUCCGGUUCUUGGACCCUCCCACCAACCGCAAAAAAUCCAUUUUACCGUGUACUCCGUUAGCAAUCGUCAAGAUUUUGGAAUACUUGGGUAUCUACAACAAGAUCUUACCGUACGGUAACCGGUUAUACGGCAAGAAAAUCAUGGUGGUUAAUCGGUCUGAAAUUGUCGGUAGGCCAUUGGCAGCGCUUUUGGCCAACGACGGGGCCACUGUCUACUCGGUGGAUAUCAAUAAUAUCCAACAGUUUACUCGUGGUGACGAUCUACUGGAACAAAAGCAUAAGGUCAUUGACUUGGACAGUGCCACCGCCAGUAUCGACAAUUUGGCCCCCACCUGUGAUGUGAUUAUCACGGGAGUACCUUCUGACCACUAUAAAUUUGACAGCCAGUUGGUGACCAACGGCACCACGAUUGUUAACUUCUCCAGUGCCCGAAACUUCAACGAUGAUAUCAAGCUCAAGGCCGCUCUCUACGUGCCAUCCAUUGGUAAGGUCACCAUUGCCAUGCUUCUUCGAAACCUAUUACGCUUAAUCGAAAACAACCAAAUAUGAGGUGAAAAUAUACAAUCAUUUGUAACGGUUGGCGCGCGCCCGCCAG